AUGGCCGCAUCAUUGGACUACCCGGCACAGCAGUUCAACGUGCACCGAAGGCCUCUGCCCUCCAGCACUCCCGCCAUGGACUAUCUGCAACACUCUCGCUCGCGCACAAUCUCGUCCAGCGUCGUGCCCGCUCAGCAAUACCAGCAUCAACACCCACAACAACCUCACCUCCCUCCACUCAAUCAAUCCCGCCGCACCCUCUCCAAUGCCACCACUUCGACUGCAAGCACCCACAGCAGCGUGCACGGCCGCGUUCCUGCCGCUCCUUCGUCAUAUGCUUCGUCAAUUCGCCGAUCAACCUCCUCCCGCUCCAACAACUCGCCUUCGUCAUACGUCUCCCUGAUGCGGAAACAGAAGGCCACCGUCUGGUGCGAUCGUGCCCAGCUCGAGGAUCCUCGCAUUCUCGCCCAGCAAAGAGCUGCCAAGGUCCGCGCCCAGAUGGAGGUCGUUGGUGGCGUCUCGGCCACUGGCAACAAUCGCUCAGCCGGAAGCGGUGGAGGUAUUGCUAGCAAGAUCCGCCAUCACGGUGCUGUCAAGGCUUCAGCAUACUCAGCUGCCGGCAACUUAUCUGGAGCUGGUGUGCCUAUGCGUCUCAGUGCCAGUGAGGUCGAUGAAGACAACAGCGACGAUGACAGUGCCAUUGCUCGCUACCACCAGCGCAACAACUCUGGACGCAGCAGUCUGGGCUCGGGUCGCCAUAUGCGUGAAAGCUACUAUGCUGGCCCCACACCCACCGCCACCCGCUUCAGCAAUGGCAGCACACCGCCCAGCAACAAUAGCUACAGCCCUGUCGACAAGCACCCAGAGACGCGCGAACGCCAGGAUUCGAUCGCUACCACUCGCUCAUACUCUGACGCCACCCCACAACAAGGUGCAUCCAGGAACGACUACUUCACCCACCCUGGUGGCAAUGGUAGCUCGAGUGGAUCCAUUCAGGAAGAGCGUUUUGGAGACGUCGGAAGUCUGCCUACCCGCGCGCCUGUCUCUUACAACUACGACCAACAGAAAACAAACGACGAGUUGCGCCGACGAGGCAGUGUCGACGACCGCACAACCACUAUGAGUGGCGUGCGCCUGUUUGUCGCAAACCCCGAUAUGGACGACGAUUAG